GCCUGCCGUCGUCGUUUUCCAGAAAAAGGAAGGAAAAAGAGGGGUUCAGGAAGGAAUUCUCUUUUGAACAUCAAUGGCGGCUCUUCCUAUUACUCAAUUCGAAGAUAAAAUUAUCGAAACCGUGGAUCAAAAUCCAGUAGUUGUAAUAAUUGGAGAAACCGGUUCAGGAAAGAGUACUCAACUAUCUCAAAUAUUGCACAGAAAAGGAUACACCACAUCUGGAAUUGUCGCCGUCACGCAACCACGCCGAGUUGCUGCAGUCUCAGUUGCAAGGCGGGUUUCACAUGAGCUUGGUGUACAGCUUGGUGAGGAAGUUGGUUAUUCCAUACGGUUCGAGGACAGGACUUCAGAAAGAACACAUAUUAAAUACCUUACUGAUGGAGUUCUUCUUCGUGAAAGCCUUUCUAACCCAGAGCUACAUCAGUAUUCAGUAAUUAUUUUGGAUGAAGCCCAUGAAAGGAGUCUAAACACUGACAUUUUGCUGGGUUUGAUGAAACGAUUGGUGAAGAUGCGUUCCUCUAAUUUAAAGGUUCUGAUUACUUCAGCAACUCUGGAUGGUGAGAAGGUAUCAAGAUUCUUCUCCAAUUGUCCAAUACUUACUGUUCCUGGGAAGUUAUUCCCAGUGGAAAUACUGUACAGCAAAGAGCGUCCCACAAGCUAUAUUGAGGCAUCUUUAAAAAAAGCUCUUGAUAUACAUGUCCGGGAACCAGAAGGAGAUGUAUUAAUAUUCAUGACAGGACAGGAUGAUAUAGAGAAGUUGGUAAAAAAGUUGGAGGAGAGAGUUCAAAGCUUGGAGGAGGGUUCUUGCAUGGAUGCUGUGGUUCUUCCACUUCAUGGUUCUUUACCACCUGAAAUGCAGGUACGAGUGUUCAAUCGAGCACCUCCAAAUUGUAGGCGAUUUAUUGUCGCCACAAAUAUUGCAGAAACAUCCUUAACUGUUGAUGGUGUUGUAUAUGUCAUUGAUUCUGGUUAUGUGAAGCAACGGCAAUAUAAUCCAUCAAGUGGGAUGUAUUCUCUUGACAUUGUUCAAAUCAGCAGAGUCCAAGCAAAUCAGCGUGCUGGGCGAGCUGGAAGAACCUGUCCUGGGAAGUGUUAUCGGCUAUACCCCUCCUUUGUUUAUCUUGAAGAAUUGCCAGAAGUGACAGUCCCUGAAAUACAACGCUCUUCUCUUACUGGAAGUGUUCUUUACUUGAAAUCGCUUGAUCUCCCUGAUAUCGAUAUUCUCAAAUUUGAUUUUCUUGAUCCACCUUCACGUGAGUCAUUAGAAGAUGCUUUAAAGCAAUUAUUUCUCAUUGAUGCUAUUGAUGAAAAUGGUUCAAUUACAGAUAUCGGACGUACAAUGGCUGAACUUCCAUUGGAACCUUCACUUUCAAGAACCUUAAUAGAGGCAAACAAGUUUGGAUGUUUGUCCCAGGCUUUAACUGUUGCUGCAAUGUUAUCCAUAGAGACUACAUUGCUUCCUGGUCAAAGUAAGAGUACUGAGAAGAAGCGGAAACAUGCUCCGUCCGACUUGCCAGAUGGUUCGGGCUGGGGUGACCACAUUCAAUUGCUCCAAAUUUUUGAGAAUUGGGACCUAGUGGACUAUGAUCCACGUUGGUGCAAAGAUAAUGACUUGCAGGUUCGAGGUAUGAUGUUCAGCAAAGAUGUCCGGAAACAGCUAUCACAAAUACUGCAGAAAAUAGCGAAAGGGCAACUGGAUGUACAAGCGAAUCAAAGAUGGAAAGAAAACCAACAGGAUUACAAGAGUUUGAGAAGGGCUCUGUGCAUAGGUUAUGCAAACCAGCUUGCUGAGCGGAUGAUUCGUCACAACGGCUAUAAAACUCUAGGUUACAAAUCACAACUUGUUCAGGUGCACCCAUCUUCAGUGCUCAGAUCCGAUGAAGAUGGAAUGCUACCCAACUAUGUUGUGUACCAUGAGCUUAUUUCUACCUCUCGCCCAUUCAUGCGCAAUGUCUGUGUUGUGGAGAUGUCAUGGGUCAUGCCCAUUUUAAAGAAGCUUGAGAAACUGGAUAUCAUAAAGCUCAGUGGUGGAUCCAAAUCUUCCAACGAGGGAACUAAUGGAGAAGAACUCUUGGACUCGCAGAAAAAGGAUGGUGAUGCUGUUAAGGUUCCUGAUGAUUCUGAUAGUAGAAUACAGGCAGCUAGGGAUCGUUUUCUUGCUCGUAAAGGAAAGAAAUAGAGUGAGUUGUCCUCUGGUGUUAUUUUGGUAACAUGGUUCGCCAUUUGACUAGGUCAUUCUUUGCGCCGUGGCUGGAAUUUCAUCCACUUUAUCUGAUGAAAACUGGGAGGAGCAAUGUGGAUCCAUGGAACUUGUGACAGACUGGAUAUGUUGACCAAAAUGUAAAAUUAAUCAACUUCAUUGAUUGCAAACUUUGUCUUCUCAUUAUUUUGUACUAACAGAAAUUUGCUUUUCAAACAAUUAGCUCUAAGGAAACUGUGAUUCUAAUUAGCAGUGUUUGUAAAUGAAAAAUAGAUAUUUCAGCUC